AGGUACCUUAUGAGGUGUGGAGUUUUGAAUUGAAGUGUUUGAAAAAGAGUGGUCAAUAUCCUGAAUAUACACUUCUUCAAGCAGUGAGAAAUUCACUUAAGGGAUUAGCUAGAUCUAUGUUGGUACCAUUAGGUGAAGAUGUUUGUUUGACAGAUAUCAUUAAUAAGUUGGAUGGGUUCUUUGGAAGUGUUUCCACAAAUGAGAAUUUAAUGCAAGCUUUUUAUAGCGAUUAUCAAAAAGAAUCAGAAUCUAUUGUUGUUUAUGCAUCAAGAUUAGAGGAAACCAUUUCUAAGGCUAUUCAGUUUGGUUUUAUUGAUCAAGUUGCAAAAGAUGCGAUGCUUAGAAAUAAGUUUUGGACAGGUCUUUCUAGUCAAACUUUGAAAAAUUCUACUAGACAUUUGUAUGAUUCUAUUAAAGAUUUUCAAAUUCUUCUGAAGGAAAUCAGGAAGGUUCAACAGGAAGACCAAGGUCAACAGAAAACGAAAGUGCGCGCGGCAGCGGCGAAUGCUGACACAGCAGAAAAUGAAGACUGGAAGAAAGAAUUGAAGGAAUUAGUGUCCAAGAUUGACAGAAAGAGGGUUACACAGACCUUUUAGAGGUAGAUAUAGAGGGUUCAGGAGAAGCCAAGGUAGAGGAUUCCAGGAAAACAAUUACAGAGGUCAAGGCAAUUUCAGAGGCCAAUGUAAUUCAGGCAGUGGUCAG